UUUAAAUCUUGGGAACUUCCUUCACUGUCUAGGUACUCAACACACAGCCUCCAAACCCGUGAAUCUGCAACAGGGUUACAACUUACAACCACACAAGAGGCCAAAAGGGCCUCUUCACAUGCCUUUGUUUGUUUGUGAAAUAGUUAAAGCUUCUCAGCUCUUUGAUUACAGUUGGUCCUAAUACCAACUCCUCACGGGCUCAUUAUCUUCUGAGAAUGCUUUCUGUAUACUAGUAUAAUAAUACAAUUCUUUGGAUGCUCUUCUUCUUCACUGAUUACCAACCAUUCCCAUAGAUGCAUCUGUAGAAGCUUGUCUUGGCCUAUGUUUUUGCCAUGGAUUUGAUGAUUGUUCUUGCUGUUUUGUAUCUUUGCUUGCUCACCCACUUCCCCUUGGGGCUCAUCCAACAAAACCCAUCUCUCGGAUCGCGAUAGUUGGUGCUGUUUUUUGUGAUAUCUGCUCCAACAACACCCUCUCAAGGCACAGCUACUUCUUGCCAGGUGUGGAGGUUCAAAUUCAAUGCAAAUUAAGGGUAAAUUCAGCUAGAACCAAUGAAGAGAUCAACUUCUCGGUCAAUAGAACUACUGGUAAACAUGGGGUUUACAAGCUUGAAAUACCAUCUGUUGAUGGAAUUGACUGCAUGGGAGGUCACACAAUGCAGACUCUUUGCCAGGCAAGGUUGAUUGGGAGCUCAUCAUCAGCCUGCAAUGUUCCUGGCUUGAAGACGACGACUAAUGCCAUCUCGGUGAAAUCAAAACAGGACAACCUCUGCAUCUUCAACUUGAAUGCUUUGAGCUACAGACCAUCCAAGAGGAACACCACAAUUUGUGGAGAUCAAACACAGGAAUUGCCAAAUGACUUAAAUGCUGCAAAAUUCUUUCUGCCUUGCUUUCCACCAUUUGGCUUCCCUUGGCCUUCUUUACCUCCCCUACCUCCUCUGCCUCAGCUACCGCCUCUGCCUCAGCUACCUCCUCUGCCUCAGCUACCUCCUCUGCCUCGGCUACCUCCUCUGCCAACAUUGCCUUUUCCCUUUUCCCCAUUGCCCCCAUUUCCAUCACUUCCAUUUCCUCCAUUACCAUUCAAAACACCACCAUCUCUACCCUUCCCUUUCCCUCCAACCCCACCUCUCUCCCUUCCUCCCCCUCCUCCGCCUGCGUUCAACUGGGGAGACCCCAGAACGUGGAUACCACACACACCUUCCCUGUCUCCCCCUCCCCCACCAGCAUUCAACUUGGGAGACCCCAAAACUUGGGCACCCUACAUCCCUUCACUAAACCCUCCUCCUCCACCAGCAUUCAACUUGGGAGACCCCAAAACUUGGGCACCCUACAUCCCUUCACUAAACCCUCCUCCUCCACCAGCAUUCAACUUGGGAGACCCCAAAACUUGGGCACCCUACAUCCCUUCACUAAACCCUCCUCCUCCAGCAUUCAACUGGGAAGACCCCAGAACUUGGAUUCCCUACUACUACCCUCCAUCCCCUCCUACCAGCCCUCAGAACCAGCACCCCUGAUCUCAUAAUUUCUUGUGUUAAAGCAUGUAAUUAAUAUGGUAUUCAUCGUUAAUACUAGAGAAUUAUGUACUUUAUUCAAUUUGUUUUCUCAUUUUAUAACAAUAAGAAAAAUAAAUAAAUUUCCCAAGACA